AUGCCUUCACCGCACUCCCUGAAUUCCGUGCAGGUCUUCUUGGGCAACUUACCAGUGGACUCUGUGCGAGAGGAUCUGGAAGUAGAGGAUGUGCCGCAAAAUGAUGAGGGACUGCGGCUUAUGGCUGCCGAUGCAAACUGGAGUGGCGUACUGCUGUUGGCAGAACGGUUAGGCGCUGAGGCUGAUGCCGACACGAUUCAAGGAUUGGCAUGUAAAUUGCGGUAUACUCUUGUGCAGGUGACAGCAUAUUUUAGUAUGCAACGAUAUGCGGCAGCGAAGAAGUUGGUGGAUGCUGUGGGGGAUCUCAACAGUGAUCGCUUCACCGACCCGGUGACUAGGGAGUCGAUAGUGCCCUUUUCCCUUCGCUUUAUUAGCGCACUCCUACCCAGUUACUGCGGCAGCGCAGUGGAAACGCAGUGCCGUCUGUACGUCUUGCUUGAAGAGUGCCAAAAACAUGCGGGCGUGGCGGUAUCACCUUUACGGAAGACCCGAGUCAAACGAAUUCAGCGGGCUCUUGUUGUAAGUUACUAUCAGACAGAAAAGUACGCUGACGCGAUACGACUUUUUGAGGAGAUGAUAGCCGCGGAGCGGUAUGAUGAUGAUGAUUAUGAGGGUGCGGACUUUAGGGUUUUAAAACAGAUGCUACAACUGCAGCAGCUAGCGACAUUAUCUUUACACUGUGGAAACAUUUUCCUUGCCGAGGAUGUCUUUCGGGCUAUUGAGGGCCUCAGCACCGCAGACGAGUCGGAUGACGUCCAGAACUUCCAUCGGUUUCUGAUCACGAUCAAUCGUGCUCUUUGGUUGACGUUUAACGAUAGAGCGGGCGAGGCAUCACAAAUUUUUCGUGAAGUGGCACGAGGCACGAGUGAGUUCUGCCGCAGUCCAAACACUGCAGAAAAGUCAUCUUCCGUUGUGCCCACGGUAUCUUCCCAACGGCAAACUAGUACUGCCCCUUUAUCUGCUGCCAAGACGCAGUCGGCUCUCUGCCAAAAGGCGUUUCAUCAGCUAUGGGUAAGUGCAGCGACCUCGCACGUGAGUUGCAUCCCUUACGAGGCAACACUUAACAAGAAUCCGACCACUCUGAUGGCAAGCCUCAUUGAUACAAUGGAGGGCUACUUACGACAGAACCCCGUGGAGCUUUUGCACUCGGAUGCGUUUUUAGGGAACAGUGUGCGUCUCUACACUCUGGAGGGUGGUGCACAUCGGAAGAAGUUGGAUCUAUUGGCGGAUAUGCUUGAAGUAUUUCGCUGCGAACGGGGGUGUAUACCGUCCCUUGACAACAUGGUAUGA